CAUACGAAACGAAACUCUCACGUGACCACCGGUUUUUCACUUCCUUUAUAUACCCUAGAUUAGCGUCUGCAUUCGUCGCUGUAAUCUUUUUUGUAUUAGCUCUCUGUGCACUAAAAUCUCGGCUUCAAAUUUCAUUUUCUUAAUUAUUAACAAUGGCUGGUGAUAAGAAGAUUAAGAUCGGUAUCAAUGGGUUUGGAAGAAUUGGCCGUUUGGUUGCUAGAGUCGCACUUCAGAGGAAUGAUAUUGAACUUGUAGCUGUUAAUGAUCCUUUCAUUUCUACUGAUUACAUGACAUAUAUGUUUAAGUAUGAUACAGUUCAUGGUCACUGGAAGCACACCGAUGUUAAGGUCAAGGACGAGAAGACACUUGUCUUUGGUGAUAAGCCAGUUGCUGUUUUUGGGAUCAGAAACCCAGAGGAGAUUCCAUGGGGCCAGACUGGUGCCGAGUAUGUUGUUGAAUCUACUGGAGUUUUCACUGAUAAGCAAAAGGCUGCUGCUCACUUGAAGGGUGGAGCUAAGAAGGUUGUAAUUUCUGCCCCUAGCAAAGAUGCACCCAUGUUUGUUGUAGGUGUCAAUGAGAAGGAAUACAAGCCAGAAAUUGAUAUUGUUUCCAAUGCUAGCUGCACUACCAACUGCCUUGCCCCCUUGGCCAAGGUCAUUCAUGAUAGGUUUGGUAUUGUUGAGGGUCUUAUGACCACUGUCCACUCCAUUACUGCCACACAGAAAACUGUUGAUGGGCCAUCAAUGAAGGACUGGAGAGGUGGAAGAGCCGCCUCCUUCAACAUCAUUCCUAGCAGCACCGGAGCUGCCAAGGCUGUUGGAAAGGUUCUCCCAGCACUUAAUGGAAAAUUGACCGGAAUGUCCUUCCGUGUUCCAACUGUGGAUGUUUCUGUUGUUGAUCUCACAGUCAGACUUGAGAAGAAGGCAACAUAUGAGGAUGUCAAAAAUGCCAUCAAGGAAGAGUCUGAGGGUAAGCUUAAGGGAAUUUUAGGUUACACUGAAGAGGAUGUGGUGUCUACCGACUUCAUUGGAGAUAGCAGAUCAAGUAUUUUUGAUGCCAAGGCUGGAAUUGCUUUGAAUGAAAACUUUUUGAAACUUGUCUCUUGGUAUGACAAUGAAUGGGGCUACAGUACUCGCGUGCUCGACUUGAUUCGUCACAUGGCCUCCACCCAGCCUUGAAUAAGUUGACAAUGAUUAUUGAGUGCUGUAAUGAGUCAAAUGUGUAGAUGCAAGCAUCUGAUGUUUAAAUAAAAAUUGAGUGUAGUUCGUCUGAUUUUGUUUUAUGGUUUUUAGCUGUCAAAAGCUAUGGAGUUUGAAAACAAUAUUUGUUAUAUUGGGAAUAAUUCCACCUGGUUGAUACAAGUAUCAUAUGAUUUUUACAUUA